AUGGUGAGCAAGGAGAGCAGCAGGGUCGUGCUCUCCAACUCAGAGUCAGAUUCAGAGACAGGCCCGUCACAUAGCUUGGAGGCACAAUUCGGUCCUGACGGCAAACAGCAGGUGAAGAAGAGGAACAAAGCCUUACAAGUCCGCUUCAAGGAUAUCUGUGACGCCCAGAACGAGCAGCGGGCAGGGGGGCGAGGAGCAAGGUCCAUUUCCUGUAAAGUGGCAUACAGGAAGUACAUGGCGAUGCCUGCGCGGCGCUCCAUCCCCAAUGUGACUAAGAGCACGGGUGUUCAGACGUCACCAGACCUUACGAAACACUACCAGACUUUCCCCUUUGAGCGAAAGAAAGGACACACCAUCAAACACACGGCCUUGGUGGAGGACUACAAGGGUCAAAACAAUGGGUUUUUGAGUGACUUGAAAGGUCAGGACGAGGCAGUGAGUUUAGAGGAGUGCUCGUCAUCUCAGGGUGCAGGGAAGCAUGUGCGGCAGACGCAGGCACUUCUCCACCACAGGGACGACAGCAGUGGCACAGAGGAUCUGUUAUCCGGUGCCAAUUGCGUAGACGGGCGUGCAUGCCCGGACCCCUCUCUCCUCACAAAGGACACAGAGUGCUUUGCAAAUGCCCCAACUCCCAUGGGAGAGCCGGAGAACCAGGCUUCUGGCGUGAGGACCAAACACAAAGUAUUAUCCAAAGUGGACACGACGGGUGCCAACCCUUCCGCCAAACGCCAGUUGGCAAACUGCGAGGAACUCUUACAGGACACAAGAUUAAAGGUCACAAGUCCUGUUGCCUGGAACUCCCUGACGCAAGUGGAAAGUCUAGGCCUAGGGAGUCCGUCAGUGCACCACAAACGCAAGAAGGCCAUGCAGCCCAAUGGACAACAGUCUCAGACACUGCCCCACCCCCACAGUGCUGGCUGCUCUGUGGUCAAGGUAAAGGCACAUCAGUACCAAUCAGGGACUUUACCAGCCCCAAGGAAAACACAGUCGGGCCUGGAGGAUCAGGCUUGCCCUCCAGGACGGCAGGGUGCCUGUCAGCAGAUAGUGCCCUUACCUGGGAAUGGGGAUAUUAAGGGAAAGCUCCAGGCCAUGGAAAACCUCAUCAGCUCCAGUCAGGAGACCAUCAAGGUUUUACUGGGGGUCAUCCAAGAGCUGGAGAAGGGCGAGGCUCAAAGAGAAGGUGUGGAGCUGGACUUCAAGCAGCAGGAGGACAAGUUACAGCCCCUGAUUAAGAGACUGUGCCCCUUGGACAACUCUCAAUACCCUGCUCUGCCUUACCCCCACGAGGUGUUCACUUCAACCCCCAAACGCAAGUCCAAGACAGAGUCCAAAAAGCAUGGUCGCUGGAAACUCUGGUUCCUUUAA